UCAGAAGAACCAACAACAAUAACAACGAAUAAGAAAACCCUUUUCUCUUGUCCAUAUUCCCAAAAAGUCCGAUGACGAACCACACAAAGAGAUCCAAGAGAUGGUUCGGAAAUACAAAAAAAAAGGUGGGUAAGCCUUCCCCCAACCCCUCAAAGCUUCUUUUCCUUCUUUUCCUCUCUUUUUACUAACUGAUUGGAAAUUAUACUCUCUCUCUCUCUCUCUCUCUUCACACAAUGGUACCUCCACAAGAACCUCAAAUCACUCAUGUCAUGGCCACUGCUGCUGUCGAGACCCACAACAACAACAACAAGAAGGAACCUCAUCUUGUUACCUUGGACCAACUCGUAAAGAACAUUCAUCGUGCGCUAGGUCCCGAUGGCGGUCUGGAUUCUGAGCAUAUCGAUGCCAAUGAAAUCAUGCGUCUGAUGGAAGAGUAUAGUUCCAAUGCUACCGAUUGGGAAAAGUACACCCUCUUUGAUCAUAGCAGAGCGUAUACACGUAACUUGAUCGAUGAUGGUAACGGCAAGUUCAAUCUGAUGAUCUUGGCUUGGAGCAAAGGCCAGCAAAGUCCAAUCCACAACCAUUCAAAUUCACAUUGUAUCAUGAAAGUGCUGGAUGGCCAAUUGCAAGAAACACAAUAUGAAUGGCCUCUGUCGUCGUCGUCGUCUGAUGAUGAUGCUAUCUGUAAGAACAGUAACACUUCUUCUUCUGGCGAUACUGUUGCUGGUGCUGGUAACGGUGUGCGUAGCGACAACCACCAAUCGUCGUCGUCGUCCGAUAUCACAGAGGCGGUACAAAGUGCGUCAUCAUCUUCUGAAAUACAAAAAGGAAAGCCGCUCGCAAUUCACAAGUGUACCCGUCUCCAUCCGAAUGAGGUGACAUACAUCCAUGACAAAAUCGGGUUGCAUCGUAUCUCCAAUCCGGACCAAGGGCGAGGUGCGGUCUCCCUGCACUUGUAUACGCCACCAUAUCAGGUGUGCAAGACAUUUGAGGAGAACACCGGUCGUGCUCGUAUGGGCGGCAAGUGUACCUUUUACUCCAUUGCAGGCACUCGCUGCUGUGAUGCUGACCACCAGUAGUACACCUGUAUAUAUAUUACUUCUUUCCCCACCUUUUCUUAUAUCCCCCCCAAACCCACACAAACCA